UUUUUUUUAUGUUUUUUACAUGGAAUUAACGGUGAAGAUGCCGUGGGGUCAUUUUGACCCCUGUGUGCAACACAAGGGUUGAAUAUCGCUAAAGCUGGUCGCUAAAAUACGCGAUGGACUAAGUACGAAACAUUUUCUACUGUCUAUCAUCGUCAGAGUGAUUGUGGUGGUUGAAGUGCCUAAUAUUGUGACCAAACUGUGUACAAGCUUUGACCAAAUUAUUAAACGUCGUACCAGUUGGUGGCUUAUGUCACAACCCAUUGCCUGCAAUGUUUAUCCUUUCGUGUGGAAACAUACUUGUUAUGCUAACCAGGAGGUGAACAGUGAACUUCAACAAGUUCGAUGUGGACUCAGGUUUAUUUCGCUUGGUUUAAAAAUAACCCGCAUCGAAUAACAUGUAAAAAGAAUUUUCCAUCGUCAGAGACAGUGUGCGUUAAAAAUUCGAAGAGAUUGAAAGCGAUUCAGUGAUCCAGCAACAGUAAGUUUUCUCUCCAACAAACACAUAAUUCAGAUCAAUUAUGAAGUGGGUCUACGCAUUGGGCCUUUUGUCUUUCGCUGCUGCUGCUGCUGCGGAUUCGGACUGUAAAGAGGACGCCUGUUACACCGUACGGUGUAUGCCAGCUACGAGAGAAACUUGUUUAGAUGGUGUUAUCGUGUUGAACGGAGGUUAUUGCGGAUGUUGCGAUGCGUGCCGUGAAAAAAUACUUCGAGGGGACGAUUGUUCGGACCUACGUUCGAACUGUUCUUCCUCAUCUUCGUCGCCUACCAGAGCCUGCGAACCGGGCACCAGCUGCAUAAAACGGAAGGAUCGAACUUGGACUUGUCAGUAAUGGAACGUAGCGAAUCGCCCUGGAUAAUCAUUGAAUAAAAAUAACAUUUUUAUUGAA